AUGGCUGUUCAGGAAUUUUUCAGUACAGGGAAAUUACUUGGUGAGAUUAAUGCCACUACCAUUGCUCUUAUUCCUAAGGUGAGUACCCCUAGCAAAGUGUCAGAAUUUAGGCCAAUUGCUUGUUGCAAUGUUAUCCAAAAAUGCAUAAGUAAAAUUCUGACUAAUAGAAUUCAAAGUGGGUUGGCCAAUAUUGUGCAUUUCAAUCAAAGUGCUUUUGUUCCUGGAAGGCAUAUUCAAGAUAAUAUUUUGAUUGCUCAAGAAUUACUGAAGGGAUACAAUAGAAAGAAUAGACCCAAGAGAUGUGCAAUGCAAAUUGACAUCCAGAAAGCUUAUGAUAUAGUGAGUUGGGAUUUUUUGGAAAGCAUCUUAAACAAGUUUAGGUUUCAUAGAGUUAUGAUAAGCUGGAUUAUGACUUGUGUUAGAUUUACAAAAUUUUCUAUAUGCAUUAAUGGUGAAAUUCAUGGGUAUUUUAAGGGUGGUAGAGGGCUUAGGCAAGGUGAUCCCAUCUCACCUUACCUAUUUACAUUGGUUAUGGAAGUUUUUAACCUGAUUAUGUGCAAAAAUAUUCAGGAGUCUAAUGAAUAUGGUUAUCAUUUUGGGUGCAAGGACCUUAAGCUUUCCCACAUUUGUUUUGCUGAUGACUUGUUAGUUUUUUGUAAGGGUAAUGUGGGGUCCAUUAAGGUGGUUAAAAACACUUUGGAAGAAUUUGCUAGAACUUCUGGGCUUAUACUUAAUUUGGGAAAAAGUGUAAUUUUCUUUGGAAGUAUUAAGGACAGGGAUAAACCGGAUAUGAUUCAAAUUUUACCAUUCAAAAGUGGUAAACUUCCUGUGAGGAUCCAGUUGAUUGUUUCAGUGCUAUCAUCAAUGCAAUUAUAUUGGGCUUCUGUAUUUCUCCUCCCUAAUAGUGUUAUUAAGGAACUUGAGAAGCUGUUGAAAGGCUUUCUUUGGAAUUCUGGUGGUUCUGCUAUAGGGAGAGCUAAGAAUGCGAGUAUUUGGGAGGUGGUUGAGGAUAAGAAUGAUAGCUGGGGAUGGAAAACCAUAUUGAAUAUUAGAGAUAAGUGUGCAGAUGGUCCCUUAAGCAAUUUCAUUACUAAGAGGGUAUUGUAUGAUGCUAGAUUGGAUGCUAAAACAAAAUUAAGCUCUAUGAUUAAUGAGGGCCAGUGGAAGUGGCCUGAUGGAUGGAGUGAAAAAUUUAGUAUUCUACAAGGUAUUACACCUCCUGUACUGCAAAGUGAUAAGGAGGAUGACGUACUGUGGGUUACUAAUAGUAAUCUACAAGUGGAUUUUUCUACCAAACAAAUAUGGCAGGACUUGAAAUAUAAUUGGCCAAAUAUCGAUUGGAAGGAUAUGGUUUGGUUUAAGCAUUUUAAUCCUAGACAUGCAUUUAUUUUGUGGCUUGCAGUGCAAGGAAAACUGCAGACUAAAGACAGAAUUGCAAAGUGGUGCCAUAAUAGUGUGCAAUGUGUUCUCUGCAAGGUUGAGAAUGAGACACAUGAACAUAUGUUCUUCAAUUGCAAGUUCUCUGCGGAUAUUUGGCUCAGGUUAAGGACUUUUAGAUGGAAUAUGAGAGAUUAUAUUGCAUUGCAGGACAUUAUACAGGAGAAUGUGAGGAUUAAAAAGCAGAAUAAUAUUGGAACUGUUGUUAACAAAAUCAUUCCUGCAGCUUCUGUCUAUCAAAUUUGGCAAGAAAGGAAUGUUAGAAUUUUUCAAGAGAAGGAAAGGAAUGAGGAGAGUAUUUGCAACAUCAUCAAGGAAAGUGUUAGAAAUCAAUUGCUCUCCAUAAAAGUUAGGCAUACAAAGAAUGUCAUCAACUUAGGUGCUCUCUGGAAGCUAAAAUGGAUGAAUUGCAGACUUGUGGCUGCUUGA